UACAAUUGCAACAGAUCAUGUGACUGUUCCCAGAAUGCUUUGCAUUGUGACAGUGUAAGAGGAUGUGUUUGUAAGACUGGUUGGACAGGAACCCUGUGUGACACUAACAUCAAUGAAUGUGUGGAUCCAAGUUUGUGUUCAGCUACAGAGGUGUGUGUGGACAAUCCGGGAUCUUACAGCUGUCAGUGUGUCAGUGGAUACCAGAGAAAUGCUUCACAAAUCUGUCAGAAUGUGGAUGAGUGUAGCUCGGCCCUCCAUAACUGUACCUCCACAGAGACCUGUCAGGACAUACCAGGCUCAUUCCUCUGUCCCUGUCAAGUGGGCUACCAGAGAAACUCCACCUCGGGAGAUUGUGAAGAUAUUGAUGAAUGUGUGGAGGGUACUAGCUCCUGCUUGCAGAAUUGCCACAACUCCAUUGGGAGUUAUUAUUGUACCUGUUAUAUUGGAUAUCAGCUACAGGACGACAGGAGAACUUGUGUUAAAU